AUGGACAUAUACGGGCGGCUAAUAUUGUCGUGGAACGACAGCCGAGUGACAUGGGAUAAAAAAGAGUGGGGAAUAUCAUGGCUUAAUUUCUACUGGUUGCAGAUAUGGACGCCGCAGCUGACGCAGACGAACGCACCAGCAACAAAAGAAAGCGAGAUCAAGAGCAAGGUGUUGGGUGCAAACUCUGCGGGUAACAUCUUCAUGUGGCUGGACUUCAGUUUAAGCGUGCUGACCGACUUCGACUACUCGCGGUUUCCAUUUGAUCAACAGAGAGGCUGUUUUAAAGUGGACGACAAGCGCCACUUCGCAGUUCACCUGAAGCUCGACAGUAACGCUGGCGAGUUCGCUAGGAACUCGCUUCAAGGGCUGCACCCGGCCCGAUGGGACGUCGUCGACAUCGAACUACUGGAAAACCAGUUUUCCUUAAAAGUACUGCAAAACGACGUACCGGUCGACGCCAUAUCCUCGAACCUCGACAUCUGUGUCACUCUGAAGCGAGACACGUCGUACAUCGGUCUCGCCGUGAUCGGUCCUUGCAUAGCAACCGCCCUCAUCACCAUGAUGUCAUUUAUGGCUAGCAAAUAUUGGAAUCAGAUCGUUACCCUUAUCGCCAGUAUCGGAUUGCAGAUCAUCUCCGCGCAUUCUUUUAUUUCUGAGCUGCCGCCCGCUUCCGGCGUUGCACCCCCUUUCGUGAAAUUCUGCUCAUUUAACCUGGCCCUCACUUGUAUUCUGCUGAUUCUCUUCGGUCUUCUGUCAUUCCUCACUUCGCUGAAGCAUGCGCUACCGCCUCCAAAUUGGAUAUCGAGGCCGAUCAGUUUCAUUUGUACAUUUUGUCCGUUUUUUGGAAAGCAAAGCGACCAAGUGAAGCUUGGAGAAGACGGCACGGUAACGAUUAAUGAACAAACGACGCCACCGACCUAUCAAAGCCCGUGGGAUUCCGUGGGGAAAUCCAUCAAGAUCUUCUUUUUUAUCGCAACAUUUUCCUUGUACGUUUUGGCUAUCCUGAUUUCGUUCUCGUCAUAA